CCGCCACAGCCCGCCACAGCCCGCCCAAACCCACCAACCCAUCGCUGAAUUUCCUACUGCCGCAUCUUGAUCCCAUAUUUCCCCCUCACACAGAUCUUCGAGAUCAAAUUCAACACCUUUGCGGCCUUGCGUCGUUCCCCCUCACAAGUAUUUCACAUCCCAUUUCGGAACCCGUGGUUCCUUCUUGCUGGCGUCUCACCAUGGCGACCACGCAGGCCGCCGCGGCCACCUCCGCCUCCCACCCCUACACCUGCAACACUUGCCAGGUCGCCUAUCGCAACAUCGACUUGCAAAAGAACCACAUGAAGAGUGACUGGCAUCGAUAUAACCUGAAGCGUCGAGUUGCCUCCUUACCCCCCAUCGGCGCCGAUGUCUUCACAGAAAAGGUCCUCCAGGCCCGUGCCGUGUCAACUGCCGAAGCCGACAAGGCCUACUUCGAACGCGUAUGCGACGUUUGCGAAAAGACGUACUUCAGCGAAAACGCGUUCCAGAACCAUUUGUCCAGCCAGAAACACAAGUUGAAGGAGGCCACGAGUGGGGAGCCUGUCCCCAAGAGAGCCUACGACGAGGCUACCUCAGUUGUCAGCUCAACAUUCUCGCUCGGCGAGCCCCUGCCCGUCAACCAGGAAGAAGUUGACUCUGACGCCGAAGAAGAGUUCAACCACGUCGUGGAGGGCCUCCAAAAGGCCAGCGUUUCCGAGCAGAGGCCGUCCCCCGUUAAGAGACCCUCCAACCCGCAUCCAUCUACCGACACCCCUGAUCAAGUUGACACAGCUGAGGCGCGCGAUUCCAACUCAGCGACCCCAGUUCAGGCUGCCCAGGAGCCAGCCUGGACCCUGGAGUCGUGCCUUUUCUGCAACUACUCUUCCCCCACCGUGCCUCUCAACGCCCAUCACAUGGAGCGGUUCCAUGGAAUGUUCAUUCCCGAGAAGAAGUACUUGGUCGACUUCGAUGGUCUGCUUCUUCAACUGCAAGACAAGAUCCGUGAGGCCCACCAGUGCUUGUAUUGCGAUAAGAUCAAGUCUACCGUCUUCGGCAUUCAGACCCACAUGCGUGACAAAGGUCACUGCAAGAUUCCCUUCAGCACGGAGCAGGAGCAGCUUGAGAUUGGCGACUUUUACGACUUCAGAAGCACCUACUCGGAUGGCGAGGGGUCAACUGAUGAUGGCUCGGUAGCCGACGAGCCUAGUGGAGGGGCCAAACUUGGGGCUCGCCGAGCACGCAAAGUUACAGGUGAUGAUGGAGAGGAAAUUGAGGGUGGGGCCGAAGGCGACGGCUGGGAGACUGACAGCUCAGCCUCCUCUCUGGACUCUGCUGAUCUCACAGCUGUGCCUGCAGAGGGCCACAUCCACCAGUUUGAGAGACUCGACAAGCACCCCCACCACACAAACAACGAUCCACGACAUCGUCAUCAGGCUGAUGGGUGGCAUUCUCACGCCCACAAGCACACGCAUGCAGUCUUUUAUGAUGAGUAUGAGCUGCAUCUCCCUACCGGAAAGUCAGUGGGACACCGUUCCCUGAACAAGUACUUCCGCCAAAACCUGCACAGCCACCCGUCCGCGGAUGAACGGGCUGAGCAGUUGGCCAUUCAAGAGAACGGGCACUCUGAGGCAGCGGACGACAGUGGCAAUGGUCGUCUGGUCAAAGCCAACGGCGCACGGCAGAUGGUGCCCCGAAACGUGGCUGGCCUGGCCGGCGCUUCCCAACAGCAGAGGAAGGAUUUGCGCAAGGCCGAGGUGCGGGGUCGCAAUUUGGAAACGUUCAACAGGAAGACAAACGACUACAAGUAUGGCAAGAAGUUGAACAACCACGAGAACUACUACUACCGCGAGCAGGGUGGAGGUUAGUCUGGGUCAGUUUAGGGCUUCGGGUGUAUCACAAGAGUCACUACGGAGUAUAAAUAUCGGAGUUCUGGUAUCACAAACGCAGU